AUGUCUGGCAGUGCAUCGGGCGAUUCGUUGCCAACUGCAGACUACUACGUCAUUGGAGAUCUAGUUCAUGCUGAGGCUCAAACCACAGUGGAUCUGCAAGAUGCUGAAACCCAAACCGCUGAGGCAGUGUCACGAAGACUGUUCUGCAACCCCGCAGGACUUGCUGCCGUUUGUUUAGCUGGGACGGCAGGGUUUGGGCUGGCAUGCUAUUAUUUGAGUGUCAGGAAAGGCACUGUCUCAACGGCGGAAACGACCCGUGACGAAGACACGCUCUGCAGCAAUCCCGCCGAAGCAGAGGUGCCAGACCCAGUGUCAGACCCUUGCGAAGAUUCAGCAGAAGUGCUUCCAGAAAUUCAGCAAUCGAGCCGCGAUGCAGACACAACUCAAGACAGUCCCGAAACCAAUGCUGACCUUGGCUUUCCACGUUCACCAAUGCUGAUGCUACCUAGUGCGGGUGACAAUCAAGCUGGACAUGCUACCCCUACGUGCGAUUUGGCAGCAUGGCCACAAGAGCUUGAAGCCAACCUGUGGGAGAGGACAUCGUGCCGGUUCGGUUUCCCAACAGAGGACAGGCCUGAUGUAUUUCAGGCUCUCGGAGGUUGGACAGGAGCGAUGUGCCUUGCUGCUGUGGCGAUGUUGGCUCGCCGCCAGAGCCGCGCGAUGACUGUCAUGAGUCAGCAUGCAGCAGGUUUGAAAACUCUAGAAGCUACCGGAGGGCAGCAACAUUGGCAUCUUAAGCAGCAACUCUACAACAUGCACAAACGGAUGGCAGAGCUUCGGAGGCUUGAUGCUAUGCGCUGUCAAUUUUAUCAAGACACGAGGUUGGCCAGACAGAACAUGCUGCGGAACUGCACUUCUGAGAUCAAAGAGGCAAAGAAAGCCGUGGAAGAUCAGAUUGAGAAGCAGCGAAGGAUGGUGGCAGAUGAAAUUCAGCGACAACUGGACCCGCAUGUGGAGUCUGGCCGCCGGCUGUCGGAAGAAGUGAAAGCAAAUCACGAGGCAACAAUGCAGCAACUGGCAACCACACAUGCUACACUCAAGGCUGCCACGGAGUCCGAGAACAGACACAAGGUUGAGAUGCAGGAGAUUCAACAGAAGCACGUCUCCGAGAUUCAAGAGCUCAAGGACAGCAUGGAGGAUCAGCUAGCGAAGCAACAAAGGACGGCGGCGGAUGAAAUUCAGAGACAGCAGGACCGCCAUGACGAGGCUAGCCGGAAGGCCGAAGAAGUGCAAGCAAAUUAUGAGACAACAUCGCGGCAACUGGAGACAACGAACAAAGCACUGAAGGCUGCCACCGAGUCCGAACAACAAGCUGCAAGUCGAGCUCUCAGGUAUGAGCAGGCUGCAAGCAAGCUGCAGUCAGAAGACAUCCGCAAGCAAGCCGAGUUGAGCGAUGCGCUGUGCAAGUUGGACAAGGCACUUGCGGAAGAGCGUAAAGCGAAAGAUGCGGCUAGUGGAGACAAGGCAGCGCUUCAGCAUGCUCAGGCAAGAAGACAACAAGCUGAAGAGUUUGCUAAGUCUAAGCAGGGCGAAGCAGAAAAGGCAAAAGCUGAGCGUGAUGAUGCCAUCAAGAAGUGUGAGGAGGCCGACAAAGAGCGAGGCAUGCACCGGGAGCACAUCUUGAAGCUGGAAUCAGAUUUCGGAAAAAUCUCAAACGACAAGCCAGAUGCAGCGCAAAGAAGGGACCAGGCAGCAGCGGAGCGUUUGUUCGCGGCUGAAGAUCAAGUGAAACAGAAGGAGAAAGAUGCUUGGCUUUUCACAUGGAUGAGACAUACGUUGUGUGUUCAGACGCAGAUAAGAUCAUUGAUCAGAGCGCUGCCUGAGAUUCUGGUGUUUGAUAUGCUUGUAGAUCGGGAUCUUGAAGCUGCGAAGGAGGCAGCUCGAGAAGCUGCAGAGGGCAAGAAAGACUCCGAGAAGAAGCUGCAGCAGGUCGAAGCAGCCCAUGAACAAACACGGGCAGAUUUUGCCAAGAGGGUGCAACAAUUGGAAGGCGAACUGAAGGCAGCUCAGGAAGACAAGAAGGCGCGAGAAGAUACACUGCAAGCUUGCGAGGCAGAGCUUCUGUCCGCCAAGAAGACUCUGGAAGCAGCGACGGCUGCAUCCUCAGGCAGCGGUCCCAGAGCUUGGGAAAUCGCUCUGUCCCAAGCCAAAGAGCAUCUUCAAGGACAAGUGCCUCUGGAGUACGUCCGUAAUGCUGCUUCAUGUUUGCCGGUAGUCUGGGCUUGGACUGAAAAUACGGACAAGGUUCAAUUGCAUGAUCCGGACCUGCAGCAGCCAAAUGACAUGGUGCUAUAUUCCGCGACAGUGUCUCACAGCCUUGAGCUCCAGCACUUGCUGUGGCAUGCAUCGGAUCGGGAUGCGAAGUAUGGUCAGCAUCGUGUGGAUGUGGAGAAGAAGUUGUGGAUGGAGCACACCGGUACGCAAUACGAGAUAUUCUUCGACAAGAUGAAGCAGGUCAAAUCAUCCUAUGUUCGAAGUGUGCAGCGUUUGGACUUUGCCAGCCCCAGAAUGACAGAGCCGAAGUUGCAGGAGAUCAGAGAGAGGCUGGAAGACGAAAUCCGGAAGGGUGAGGAAGCUGUCCAGGCUGCGAGGCGUGCAGCAAAGAAGGCAGAUGAUGCAGCUAAAGCGAAGGAAGAUAUGUGUCAACGUGCACGAGACAUUGAGAAGCAAUGGGCAGAUCUUCCAGAUGGCAAGCCCGAGGGCCGGGAACAGAUUCCCUUGAAAUGGAGCGAUAUGCAGGGUGAGACUUACAAAGAAAUUGAGCUGCGGAAGGACGGAAUCGAGUACAAGCAGAUUGAGAAGUAUUUCAAGCAAAGCAAAGAUGGCACAGUCAAGAGAAUAUGUCGCAUCCAAAAUCCAACCUUGUGGAUGGCUCACAAGUCGAAGGAGACCUUGAUCAAGAAGAAGCCCCGAAACAAGGGCCAUGCUAAUGUUGACUACCUCUGGCAUGGUACGACGGCACAGGCCGCAGAGAAGAUCAAGAAGGAAGCAGGCAUGGAUACACAUUUCAGUCGGCGUGGGCCGGCUCAUGGAAUUUACCUGGCAACACGCGCGAAGUAUUCAUGCCAAAUCGCCAGCCAUAAAAAGAUCUUUCUAUGCCGAGUUGAGCUAGGCUACAUUGGACGCACUUUCGGCAACGACGCACAGAAGCUGACGGACCGGCCAGCCUUCACCGACGGUGAGUAUGCAGACAGCUAUCAUUACGGUGAGAGGUCGGAGGGUCACACCAGGCACGAGACAGACACAACAGAUCAGCCGGGGCAAACUGAGUACAUAGUAUUCCACAAUGCCCAGGUCUAUCCAGCCUACGAAGUUGAGUUUGAAUGA